AUGACUAUCACACGAUCAAAAAGAAAAUUUUCAAGUAUUAAAAAUGAAGAUGUUGAACUAGAUGUAGCAAAUACAGAGUCUAAUGCAGAUUUUUUAUUGAAGACAAAAAUUGAAGAAAAUAAUGGCAUUGUAAAAACAGAGAGUGAAAAAGCGUUUAGAAAUAAAAUACCUGAGUCUUUAGAACUUCCAGAGAGUUUCAAGGAAAAGCAUAUCCCUGAAUUCACUACUGCUAUUAAUAUGAUAUUAAAGGAGGAUCCUUCUUUAUAUUCGAUUAUUGUUGCACAGGAAUUUCAAGCUGUUUUAAAGACUAAAUGGGACCAAAUUAGGAAGUCUACAUUACAAGAUUUCUAUCAGAGGCUAGGAAUUUCUAUCAUUGCACAACAGAUCAGUGGUAGUGCUGCAAGAAGUAUAGAAAAGAAAGUGAUUGCUCUACUUGGUGAUGAUCAAGGAAAAUUCCCUUCUUAUAUAAAAAUGAAUGAAUUGUUUCGAACAGAUAAAGACAUCAAAACAAAUAUGAGGACUUGUGGAUUAAGUGUAAGAAAAUGUGAUUAUAUUGAAUCAUUAACUGAUUUUUUCGUAAGCCGUGGGGAUGAAUUGAUGGAUUUAAUACAACAAGGAUUGCAAAAUGCAGAGAAAGAGGAUUUUAAGUUAGAAAGUAGCAAUGAUGAAGAAAUUAUCAGCCUACUAGUGGACAAUAUAAAAGGUAUAGGUAUUUGGAGUGCAAGGAUGUUCUUGAUGAGUGGUUUAUUAAGAGUAGAUGUCUUUUCUGGGGAAGAUGUAGGAAUCGCAAGAGGGUUUUCCAUAUAUGCCAAGGAUAAAGUGGAUAUAAUGCAAGAGAUGAAAUUGAAAGUUAAAGAAAGAAAUGUUAACGGUUCACAAGCUAAGAAAAAGAGAAAGGCAAAGACUACCAAAAAAUCCCAAUUAGGAUACUAUGAUAUAGAUGUCAUGGAAGAAUAUGCUUCAAGGUUUUCUCCAUACAAGAGUGUCUUUAUGUUUGUAUUGUGGAGGAUCUCCAACCCUGAUAUUUGCAAAACACUGAUGUUAGAGAAAGAAUUCUUAAAGAAAGAUAUGUAA